CAUGGUACGCCACGUAGUCCAAGGAGCCCAUACGUUCCGAAGUACAGCAGUGAUUUUGGCCGACAUCUAUUGUACAUGUAUUUAUUGCCUGAGCCAAACAUGGGCUAUUUAAAGCAGCCGGUUUCACCACAUCCCCCUCAGACGCCGCAGUUUCAUACUCCUCAAGGUAAAGAAGUGAAAAUUCGCCGUUCCAGAAUAUCGAUGUUCAAGUCAGGCAUGCAGAAGCUAGGCGAGUAUCUGGCGCAUUCCGAGACACUCGAGGAAUCAACGGUGCGGCCACGAUCUCCGGCGAUGAACAACGAGGAACCAAUCGAGCUGUCUCAUUAUCCGGGUGCGUACGUUCCAGCGCCCAACAAAAUACCUGCGAUCGAACGGGACGACUUUCCCGCCCCUCCGUUUCCGUACGCCGUCGACGAGUACAAGCGACGCCUUUCAUCUACGAGUCCAACCGCAGAAGAUGAAGAAGAGGUAGUCGACAGCUCUAAGAUGGAGAAAGGUGAGCAAGAGCUGAUGAAAUUCCAAGAUGAGUGUUCAAUUGCUAAGGUGGUUGUUCAGCAACUUGAGGAACACAUGCGAAAAAUGAAGAUACCGUCGCACUUCGAUCCUCGAUCAGCUUCGAGGACGCCGUCAGCGAAGAAGAUUCCAUACAUGAAGUGUCGUUAUGAAUCUCCAGUGAACGCAUCUCCAUCGCGGUACCUGAACAGACCUCGACCGUGGGAAUGGUGGGACAAAGGCAGAUGCGCCACGGCUACGAUUCCAUAUGCCCAAGUCCCUAAGCCGGGAUACGGAUUGACCCCGAAAGCAGCGACGUUGCCAACAACCAACUUUAGUAGUUACUACGAUUUCGUCGACUUCAAUACGACGCUGACGUCUGAAUAUUCAGAACGCUCUGGCGUUACCUCCCCGACUUUUAGCUAUUACGAACGGUACCAGCCAGCGUACGAACCAUGCGUCCUUCGCAGUUCUUUGCCAGACAUGAGCAAACCUCUUCAGACGUACACAUAUUCGCAGCUGACGAUCGACAAUAAAAAGCUACCCGAUGAUGUCGACCGAUGCCAUCUCGAACGCCAUCUCAGCCGAACCGAAUUUGAAAGUCUGUUUGGCAUGACCCCGAUCGAGUUUUAUAAACUACCAGAUUGGAAGCGAAUCAACAUAAAACGAAAGAUGAAACUAUUCUAA